CCUCCCGCUCAGCCACGUCCACCACCCCCACCCUACUCCCCAUUGCCGGAUCCGCUUGCAGAUCAUCAAGGUUAGGCAGCGGAGCUCCACAUCCGUGACCUGUGCGUGCUUGUCAAGGAAGCUGCUCCUGGAUCUGCGCUUGCACGGCUGUGGCGGAAGGGACACGAGGUGGCCGCCGUCGCCGCGGAAGACCAAUCCCCCACCUUGUCCAGAAUCUCUUCCUCCGCCAUGUUUCACCGAGGAAGGAGGGGGCGGCUCAAAGUCUCCCUCGUUGCCGCCUGCAGCUGCAGCCGCCGCCAUGGGUGAGCUCCUCCUACACGACCAGUUUUGAUGGAUUCGUGGGCACAUGCAUGUAUAGCGGCCGGUGCGGCCGGCGGUCGUGCGGCAUCUCGGCCCCAAUGUCAAGUAUGUUUCGUUUCCCUCAACCCCUCUCAUCUCUCUUAGGUUUGAUGCCCCGACGUCUCUUUGUUGUGCGUCUCUUUGCUGAUCUGGAUUUGGAUCGACUGAAUCAACCAAUAGCUAGAGAUCUGAAAGAGAAUAGGUUCAUUUUUUAAUAAGGUCUUUAAAUCAUAGUUCAGUAGAGGGAAAUACCAUGUCACCUGUAAUGGAAUUUCAUUUGUUUCACUUGCAUGAACCAAACAUAUAUGUGUGCUGACUACAUGCCCCUGCAAGUGUGUUGAUUCCCAUGUCAAUUUAGUAAUUGUAGCUAUAUUCCUGCUGGAGCAAGGGACAAAUAUCAGGUUCAUUUACAUCUGCAGACUCCAGUUGCUUGUUCAUAACUAUGUUUUCCUCCUGAUGUGUCAUUCAGGUCUAUGUUUGUUUUCCUCCUGCUGUGCACUAAUCUAGAAGCCUGUAACCAUGUCCUAGACUAAACUAAUGCUAUCCCUGAGUGAAGGUAAUGUUUCCGGCAAGAGAACUGUCAGUGUUGACAGUGCCGUGAUAUUUCGUAGUAUUGUCAAUGUCAGGCAUGUCGAAUAUUUGCUCUCUUUUUUACUUAACCAACUUAUUUUACUACAUGGGGUGUUUUGGAGUUUUGUUUCUAAAAGAGAUUGUGUGGAGUUUUGUUCUUGAGUGUUUGUACUGAUGCAUAAAACUAUCUGCAUCUAAAAUGGCAUGGUAUUAUUAUUUUUAUUUUUAAAGGUGUGCCACUUUCCUUGAGCUUUCAGUAAAUCAUAGUUAUGUCCUGAUGUUAUCGUCACUUGAAUAUACAUUAUGAUUUAAUGCACGUUCAGGAAAUAGUCAGUGCAUCACUAUUUUAUGGAAACUGUCUGUUUCGUGUGAAGUUUUGAUUUCAGCUUGAUAUAUUAAUCAUAAUAUUACCAUGUUUGUUGUAAAUGUCUAUUUACAAACUUUGCAGAUAAAUUGGUGCCUGUAUAUUAUAGAAGUAAGACACUUGAAAAUAGAUUCAGCAUGGUUCCUGCACUCCCAACUUUUCAUGGUUGACCUCAUAUCAGAAAACAAUUAUUCAUCAUGGGCAGUCAUGUUUGUUCGCGACUCUGCAAGAAGAUGAUCGACGGUCGGCAGCUCGGCUGCUUCAUUGCCAUCUUCAACGAGCACCGUCCGAUACGAUUUUUCGCUGGCAUGUACCAUCGAAUGUCACUGCUUUUAUUAUGGCAUCCAAUACUUGCAGUUGUGACUCAAAUGGGAGUUCUGAAGCUGAUAAACUUGGAUGGCCUGACAGUCUACCAUACCAACAACCAUCUCCAAGGACACAAACUUGAUAAGUUUCUAAGAUUCAUACACACCUUCAGGUCCAGUGUUGCUCCUUCCCUACAUCGACGACGGGAUCCGCAGCCUCCUCCUUCUGUUGGGCGAUACAAGGAUCUGAUGUUGUGUGCUGCUCCAUCUACACGCCUUCUUUCUUAUAGGAAUCGGCUCCGCAGAUCGAGGCCCGGAUACACAAGAGGCAGUACCAAGCAGCUACAACUCUCCGGCGACAGCAACAACAAGGCAUGUUGCCUUCUAUUCUUUUUCGGAACCUAACUAUUGAUGUGCUUUUCUUGUCACCCUGGAUCAAAUAAUAGUUGUCAAAGCUCUUGACUUAAGGCAUUCAAAUUUAUACAAAUAUUUUCUUGAAUAGUUGCUCGAAUAUUUUGUACAUCUAUGUUUUAUUAUUCACAUCUCAAAAUAAUGUUCUGUAAUCAGGAUGCAUGAUUGGCAUAGAGUAUGGAUCAUCUUGCCAUGUUGUGUUCUUCUUGUGUUUAAGAUUGUAUUUUUGCAGAUGAAGUUGUUAAUCCUGCUGAGGCGCACCGCUGUCGUCGGGAUAUUUGUGAGGGGAAGCACCCUUUUCGAGAGAUUCCAGAGAAAAAGUAUGUUCCCUCGGCUUCUGCGAUGGUCUAUUUUUGGGCACGCCUCCUCCUGGUCUGAGUGGUGUUUCAGCUGGUGCUAUGCCGCGGGCCUUUGUCUUGUAUCUUCCUCGCGUGGUGCUUCUGUUUCACAUGGCCAUUGCCGGUCUUCCUAAUUCUGCUGUCUCGCCGACAGUUCCUGCGGCCCCUCUCUUUGCUGGUGCAUUGGCUGCUGUGCUAGAU